UUGGUGGGCGUGUCUCUGCUGUGCGCGCUCCAGUUGCGCGCGUGCCCCUCUCCCUGUGCCAGUGCGCGCUCCUCCUCCAGUGGUUGCGCUCUCCUUGCUCAGUGUCAGACAUGCUGCAGUGUCUCCCCGUGUUUGCCUGAAGGGAUGGGGGCUCCCCGAGUUGCAGGGGCCCGGAUUGCAGCCCUACUGGGGCCCAUCCUAUGCUGCUCCCUACUGCUGUGCCGGGUGGCCCUUGGGGGCCCAGCUGACCUAUGCCCGAGAAAGUUAGACUGCACCAUAAAGAGACGGGAAGUCUGCCCCCCGGGCUCGAGCACAUGCGGACCUUGCCUAAAAGACUUCAACGAGGGAAAUGAUGGCGAAUGCCGAUUAAUCCGCCGUAGUGCAGGGAAAAAUGUGGAUCCCAUGCUAGACCGUGAUAUAGAUUUUCUGGCCUCCAUACUCGCCAAUCAAAAAACUGGAUCCCUAAAUCUGGCUCAAGAGGUUAGCACGAUGCAGCCCCAGUCUCAGCCGCCACCAGAUGCUCCUCCCAGCGAUCCGUCAGGAAGAAGCGGGGGCAGAGUCGGGAGUACGGAGCUGCCGCGCCGAGGCUCUACCAAACCAUUAAGUGACGCCCUCAUUUUGGGGGUGGUGGUUGGCUGUGCCAUCGCAGGCCUGGUGGCAUUAGUGGUGGCAGGGAUCUACUGGUGCAGAAUGAACCGUGAGAAGAAACUGGCCCAGAAGGUUGAUUACACUUCAUACAAGUCGUCCCCGCCGCCUCCAUACGAGAAAACCUCGCCCGGGGAUAAAAAGCUUGCCCAAAGCGCCCAGAUGUAUCACUACCAACACCAGAAGCAGCAGAUGUUAUCCAUGGAAAAGAAUAAAGAUGAAACCAAACACCCGGAUUCUGCACUCACGUCGGAAGAUGAAAAUGAGGAUGGCGACUUCACGGUGUAUGAAUGCCCAGGACUUGCCCCGACUGGUGAAAUGGAAGUCAAGAACCCGCUCUUCGAUGACUCCAACCUACACCAUCCGACCCAGAACACCCCUUAGCCAACUGCAUUGGCAUUUCCAGACUUGUAUAAAAAAACAAAACAAAAUGGAAUUCGAAAAAUUUCAGAGAAAGCUUGGGUGGAAAAUUGGGGUGGAACCAGAACUUAAUCUAGCACUCUUUGCAAAAAAAUACUUUUCCGGUGAACCCCCCACCCCAAAAUCCUAUUUGUCUACAGACCAAGCGAAGACUGUUACAGCACAGUUUGUAUCAAUUCAGGGUCAAAAAUGUAAUUCCUGAAUUUUCUAUUUUUUUUAUUUUUAAAUGAUACGGAAAAUGACGAUUUACCAGAAAUUGUGGCACCUUUAUGUUUAUUGGGGGGGGGGGGGGUUUGCCAAAAGUAGUGACCCUGUGAUGAGAGGGAAAUUUGUACAAAAGAAUAUAUAUAUAUAUAUAUGUGUAUAAAUUUAAUAUAAAUUCAAAAUCCUAAUAUAUGCCUCCCCCAACCUCUGCACUUUCUCUUGAAAUAUGUCUGCGGGAUUUCCCGUUUAUCCGUUAAUUUCUUCCCCCUUUAAUAUGUUUUUGGGAACCUCCUCUAAUUGUUCCUGUGAUUCCUCUUUGGGGGCGGAAUUUGAAGGGUUAAUGCCAAAGUGGGCGCCAAAAUAAAGUGUUGUCUUCUCAAACCAGCUGCUUAAUAUUAUGCGCCCGCCGCCGCCUCCUUCUGUAAAUUAAUCGAGGUUUAACUUCCCCUUAUAAACACAAGAAGGCAAAUAUGUAUAAUGUUUGUUAUCUGUAUAUUUGUAUUUGUACAUUUUGGGUGGCUCUGUAUAUUUAUAUUUAUACAUGUGGGCAGAGCCACCCGUGUGACAUCAUGGCAGUGAUGUAAGAAAUACUUGCAGCACCUAAACCUCCAUUUAGCAAAAAAGUCAAAUACAUCGCCAUAUUUCCCUACAAUUUAUAGAUUCAACGUUUUUUUUGUUUUUGUUUUUUUUUUACAAUUCUAGAAUGUUUAUUUUAUUUGUUUAUAAACAAAAAUUAUUUUUGCAUGUGAGAUCAAAAUUGGCCAAAAGCUGAGUUUUUUUGAUAUCAACAAAAAUUACUGAAAUAUUAAUUUAAAUGUUUUUUAUGUGAUUUAUGUAUUGUGUGUAAAUUUGUUUUUUUUUGUUAUAAUGUCAGUAUUAGGCAUUUUUUUCCCUAAAUCUAUACUUAUAAGCAAAAAUCAUUUACUCAUUAGAAAUACAAAAUUCAGAAUUUUUUUUUUUUUUUUUUAACAUAUUUAGCCAUUAUUUUUCUUUAUAAUGCAUUUAGGCAAAAGGGAAGUUUUUGGGGUUUUUUGUGGCUAAUUCUGCUAAUUUUUGUAAGAACAAAAAAAAAUUCCACCUAAAUACUGGGGAAAAAAAUCACAUUUUUAGAAUUGAUGAAUAUUUUUAGAUUUGAAGGGAUAAUUAUUAAAAAUUGUCAACAGUGAAAUUUGGUUUCAGAUUGUAACAUUUCCCUUCAAAUAAGACUCUGAAACUUUCUCUUUUAGGGAAUGGACAUUAAGAAUUUUAUUUUUCAUCCUGUGGUUUCCAGGCAACAAUUUUUAGGCAAUGUUUUGCCUAAUUCUGAUAUUAUAAAAAAAAAACAAGUCAUAUGAAUUUUAUUCCAGGCAUAUCUAAGCCAUAAAAGUCCAGCUGGUCCCUCUUUAAGUCUUUUUCGAGUCUUCUGAUGGGUCUUUAUGGUUUCCCAUAAUCUUCCCCUUUUCAUAUUGGAAUUGUAUGGUAUUAAACAUGGCACCAUGUCUUCUUUAUAAUAAUGUAACUUAUCAGCUGAUGUUUUUUUCAUUUAGAAGUGGGGGGGAGGCUUAAAGAGACGCAAGCUGAUAAUGAGUUUCAUGUUGUUGCACCACCGUUAUUGGUUGGUUCCUUAUAAGCCUAGUGGUGGGACUCUGUGGUUGGCAUGACUGGGGGGGGGCUUCUAUUUUUGGAUAAUUAACCAACUAUUGUCCUCGUUAAUAUACACAAGAGGUUUCCUGUUUUGUUCUAUUGCUGCUUAUCUAUUGGCCCAUGUUGGACAGGACCCAGCUGAGUGGGCAGAGACGGGGGGCCUCCUCCUUGUGCCGAACUGACUGCCACUUUCCAAACGCCAGUCUGUAAAGAUUUCCCUCGAUUCUAAAUCUUCCCCAUUUCGACUUUCUUUUAAUAAAACACAAAUACUGUCCCCAA